CAGACGCCAAUGACACAAACUUUCGGUUCCUGGCGAUGCUAGUCCUGCUAGCAUCAACUUGUGAAUGAGGGGUCAGCCCAGGACGAGGCCAGGUUGGAUGGGCUUGAUGGGCUAUUCCCCCACUCUGGAGCCUUGCGGCUGCGGAGAAAAAAAAAGAAGCGGGCUCCCUGGGGCGGCGAGUUGCCAGCAAAAACUUGAGAUAGCCUACGCUACCUCGUUUGGUCUGAGGCUCGCCGUCAACCGAGAGUGUGGUUGCUGAUUUCUCGAUUUCACCGUCUGGGGCUGUGGGUUUCCGCGAUUACGGAGCAUUGAAAAGUGUCUCGAUCCCAACCAAUUCUUUCUGUCCGCGCCCUUCCGUGACCCAAACAAAGCAUAACUAUAAAGAGGCCUUUAAGCUACCGUAGAUUUCAGCCGAAUUCAUAGAGAGCGUAUCGUGUCUCCCGUUUAGUGCCAUUUGUUAUUUCGAAUCUUACCCGAGUCUCCCACUUCUAUCCUAAAAUAUGGCGUCUGCUCAAGUGCCCGUUUGGCUGGACUGCGACCCAGGCCACGAUGACGCCUUUGCCAUUCUGCUGGCCGCUCAUCACCCCAGAAUCAAUCUGCUGGGCGUUUCUACAGUCUUUGGAAAUGCUUCCCUAGAACAUACUACACACAAUGCCGCCUCCAUCCUGACAGCCUUCGGCAAACACAACGACAUCCCCCUCUAUGUUGGCUACAGCAACCCGCUCGAGCGGCCUCCUAUUCACGCGCCGACUGACAUUCACGGCGACAGCGGCCUCGACGGCACCGACCUCCUCCCCAAGCCCCAAUGCACCCCAUCCACCGAGCCCGCCAUUGAUGCCAUGGCUGCUGCUCUCAAGGCCCAGCCGGCCGGCACAGCCUGGAUCGUGGCCACCGGCACCGUCACCAACGUCGCCGCCCUAUUCCGAAAGUAUCCGGAGCUCAUCCCACACAUCAAGGGACUGAGCAUCAUGGGAGGAUCCAUCGGAGGAGGCUUCUCAGACGCACCGCUGGGUACGGUCGAUGGCAAGGAGCGCAUUGGCAACACAACACCAUAUGCCGAGUUCAACAUCUUCAUUGACCCGGAGGCGGCGGCCGAGAUAUUCCACAACAAGGAGAUUGCCAAGAAGAUGUUCAUGGUCCCGCUGGACCUGAGCCACCAGGUCUUGGCUACGGAGAAGGUCAGAGAGCUUCUGCUGUACGGCAAGGACGGCGAGAAGACUGGCACUGGCAAGACGACGCUGCGGACGAUGCUGGUUGAGCUGCUUUACUUCUUUGCCAAGACUUAUGCUGACGUUUUUGGCAUCACUGCCGGCCCUCCCCUCCACGAUCCCCUCGCCCUCGCUGCCGUCCUCACCGGUACUCCUGACGAGAUCGUCUUCUACGACUGGGAUGACGUCAAGAGCCAAGGCACCAAGCACAACGAACGCUUCGACGUGACUGUCAUCACCGAGGGCACGGCUGAAGAGGCACAGCGCGGCGAGAAGCAGACCGGCCGGACGAUUGCCAACGUGCUGCCUGCAGGCGAAGGGGGCGUAAGGAUACCCAGAGGAGUAGACGUAGAUAAAUUCUGGCAGGUGAUUGAGGAGUGUAUUGAGAGAGCGGAUGAGACGAACCGCAAGCUGAGAAAUUAAGGAAGUCAUGAUGCCUCGUUACGUUUUUUUUUUUUUUUGAGGGGGAUUUUAUCGUUUGUCUGCAAUGGGAACCAAAACGGAUAGAUUGUUUUCAUAGCAGUGGUCAUUAGAUAAUUAGAGUCUAGAUAAAAAUACAUGCUUUUACGAAUCAACGUUACAAGCUCCGUUACAAUGCCCCUUUGUCGUCUUUAUUUUCGUCAAAGCUCAUCAAGAGCUUCAAACUCUGCUCAUACGUCCACAGCGUAAUUGCACUCGCAGGAGCAGCCUUGAUCAAACUAAUAGGCAGACCCUUAUACAGGCC